CUUUUUGACAAAUAAAUAUACAGAAGUAUGUUGUUUUAGUGUAAGACAUGCUUAAAUUUUGCGUUUAAAAUAUGUGGUGUUGAUUCUGGAAAUUGCAUUUAAAUCGCAGGUUUACGUGGAUUUCAGUAGCUAAAGAUCCAGAAGACAAACUGGUCUUACAUCUGCCAGAAUGUCGGAUGAUGAAGAUGCCCCCCCAGUAAAGAGGGCUGUUAUCUUCUAUGGCAGCUUGGAGGAGAAAGAGAGAGAACGACUUGCAAAAGGGGAGUUUGGAUCCUUGGGAAAGGAUGCUAUAAAGGCUGCAAUUGAAUCUGGAAAUAUUAAUAUAGCUGGAGGAGAUACCUUUGACAUCGAAGAGCAUAUAAGUGAGCAUCAAGCUGAAGUGCUUGCAGAGUUUGAACGCAGAAAACGGGCCAGGCAGAUCAAUGUUUCUACUGAUGAUGCGGAAGUCAGAGCAUGCUUGAGAGCACUUGGAGAACCAGUUACCCUUUUUGGUGAGGGGCCAGCAGAGAGACGAGAGAGGUUAAGGAAUAUUCUGUCAGUGGUUGGACCAGAUGCAUUGAAAAAGUCCAAGAAAGAUGAUGAAAAGUCAAAGAAAAGUAGGGAAGAGUGUCAGACCACGUGGUAUCAUGAAGGUCCAGAGAGUCUCAGGGCUGCCCGCUUUUGGAUUGCACAAUACUCCUUACCACGAGCAUUGACUAGGCUAGAAGAGGAACGACAAUAUAAGGCAAUUCCAGAGGCAUCACGUACAGCACAGAAGCAAGAUUUACAUAAACGGCUACGGUCAUUGAAUAAUUUCUGCAGUCAGAUAGGCGAUGAUCGUCCUAUAUCCUUCUGUCAGUUCAGCCCGAACUCUAAGCUGUUGGUCACAGCAUCCUGGACUGGGCUGUGUAAACUUUGGGCAGUUCCUGACUGUAACUACAUCCGCACAUUAAGAGGGCAUUGCACCAAUGUAGGUGCCAUAGUGUUCCACCCCCAGUCAACAAUUUCCCUUGAUGAAAAAGAUGUGAACUUGGCAUCGUGUGCUGCAGAUGGUUCAGUCAAACUCUGGAACCUUGAAAGUGAUGAGCCAGUGGCUGAUAUAGAAGGGCAUGGAAUGCGGGUAGCUCGUGUGGCCUGGCAUCCAUCAGGCAGAUUCUUGGGUACCACUUGCUAUGACCACUCUUGGCGUUUGUGGGAUCUGGAAGUCCAGGAGGAGAUCCUACAUCAGGAAGGCCACAGCAAAGGAGUGUAUGACAUUGCAUUCCACCCAGAUGGAUCACUUACAGGCACUGGAGGGCUGGAUGCUUUUGGUCGGGUAUGGGACCUUCGAACUGGACGUUGCAUCAUGUUCUUAGAAGGCCAUCUGAAGGAGAUCUAUGGCGUCAGCUUUUCCCCAAAUGGGUACCAUAUGGCAACAGGAAGUGGAGAUAAUACAUGUAAGGUGUGGGACAUUCGACAGAGGAGGUGUGUUUACACAAUUCCUGCCCACCAGAACCUGGUGUCUGGAGUCAAAUUCCAGCCUUCCAGUGGUAUGUACCUUUUAACAACAGCAUAUGAUAAUACUGCGAAGGUCUGGACACACCCAGGCUGGUCACCAGUGAAAACACUAGCUGGACACGAAGGUAAAGUGAUGGGAGUGGACAUUUCACUGGAUGGACAACUUAUUGCAACUUGCUCAUAUGACAGAACCUUCAAACUUUGGAUGGCAGAAUAGACUGUAUACUAUAUGUUUAUAUCAUGGACUGACAUUUGUUGUGGAAUGCUCAUUGAAUGAGUAUCUUUUAAAAUAAAUUUUUUUUGAAACAUU